AUGCGAUCCGCGCAUGUUCGAGCGCAUCCAAUCCGAUUUGGAUGGCCGAUCCCCCGACGGAGCCCGUGGUUGCGAACCUUCACAACGUCUCCGCAUCGAUAUGAGAUAAGGGACAUUGAAUCUCUUUCUCAGCGAGUGAUACCCAAAUACCAAGAAUCUCAAGAGGGAGAUCUCCUCUCGCUUCAUUGGUCAACACCACCUCGGAACAUUUUCGUGGUUAAGAAGGACCGCGCACCGGCGGUAACCGAAUCGCUAAUCGAAUUUGUCAGCCAUGUGACAUCCAGCUAUCCGUCAACUGCCGUCAUUCUCGAACCAAAGACGGCCGAGGAAGUCCACACGUCACUCCCAUGUCCCGUCUACACGGCGCAGUCGGACAAACUACCACCCUCGCUACACAAGAAAGUGGACCUUACGGUUACGCUGGGCGGAGAUGGUACGAUAUUGCAUGCCUCGUCGCUGUUUGCCACGUGCCACAACGUGCCGCCCGUACUAUCCUUUAGUAUGGGGACGUUGGGCUUUUUAAGUGAAUGGAAGUUUGUUGAGCAUAAGCGCGCCUUUCGCGAAGUCUACAUGUCGGGAGCGGGCGUUGGAGAUCGAGCGCCCAUCCUGGAAGACCGAGACAUGACCCCGGCGGCAGUAUCGGGGCAAGGCCCGACAGGGUGGUCCUCCGUGCGCGGCAAAUCGAUGGGCGCAAGCCGUGGUGCUCGCAUCCUGAUGCGCAAUCGGUUGAAAGUGGGUUUGUUCACGGCCGACGGCGCGCCCGUUCAACGCGACGAGGACUCGGUCCCUAUGCAGGGCACCUUGGGUAGGGACGGCGUGUACGUGAUGAACGAGGUCCUGUUCCAUCGCGGAAAGGAGCCGCAUCUCGCCGUGGUGGACGUGUACGUCGGCGGGCGCUUUCUCACCGAGGCAGUCGCGGACGGAAUCAUCAUUUCGACGCCCACCGGCAGUACGGCCUACAGCCUGAGUAGCGGCGGCAGCAUCGUGCACCCUCUCGUGCCAUCGAUUCUCUUGACGCCGAUCUGCGCGCGGAGCCUCAGUUUCCGACCGUUAGUAUUACCAUCCAGCACGCCGAUCACGCUGCGACUGAGCGAGAAAAACCGGGGGCGCGAGUUAGAGGUGAGCAUCGACGGGGUGAACAUGGGCCAGGGUAUGGCCUUCGGAAUGGAAGCUCGGGUCUGGAACGAGGAGAUGCGACAUGGGAAGAAUGAAUGGCAGGGUGGCGUGCCUUGCGUGAUGCGCAGGAUCGUCGGCAGCGAGGCGCAUGAUGGAUGGGUGGGCGGACUGAACGGACUGUUGAAGUUCAAUCAUCCAUUUGGCGAGGAGACAUGA